AUGGGUGCAGAUGUCAGUUUCACAGGGCUACUAGGCUCUCCUACUAUCUCUCAUAUGGGUGGUAGGGAAGAAUAUAAGAUCGUGGGCGUUCUCGGAUCAGGAGGCUUUGGUGACGUUUACAAAGUUCGACAAUCAGAAACUGGACAAUUUUACGCUUUGAAAACUGAAGAUGUUGACAUUGAUUCAAGAUUGAAUCGGCUCAAGGACACAAUGGUGAGGCAAGCGUUGUCCGCUAUUUUCCUCAUUAGAGAUGUUCUCUUCCUUCGAGGUCGAGCUGUCAUCUUGCUUGGAUAA